AAAACUGGCUAAAGAAAGUGCUCAAAAACUUAAAAUACACUUGAAGAGUGAACGAAAGAAUUUGAAGUGAAGAAAAAACAAUGGCUAUCACUGCCUUAAACAAGGCGACUGCUUUCAGCCGGCUCUCAUCAGUCCAAUUCUUUUCCUCGAUUACCCCCAAAAUUUCCCAAUACAGAAACCAGAUUUCUCUUGCAAAUCUCCUUCAAAGGUAUGGUUUUCCACCUUCUCAGCUCCACACUUUUCUUGCAAAAAACCAUUUUUUACUCAAGAAUUCCAAUUUGAAUGACAUCCAGAAGUCUCUAAACAUUCUUUUAUCUUUUAAGAUUCCCCAGAAUUCCUUUAUUUCUUUAUUAUCUGACUGUCCAGCAGUUCUAGACCUUGAUUUUUUGAAGAGAUGGCAAAUUGGGAUUUCUAAAUUUGAAAACUUGGGUGUUUCCCCUUUGGUUAUCAGCAAUGUUUUGGCAGUUUCUAGGAGAUUUCAGAUUGACCCAGACGGGUUUUUGAAGAGUGUUGGUGUUUUGAAGGGUUUAGGGUUUAAUGGUGGGGUUUUGACUAGGGUUUUAGAAGGGUUUCCUAGGAUAAUUGUGAUGAAGGAAAAUGAAAUUUGUGAAAAGAUUGGAUUUUUGGAAGGAAUUGGGAUUUCAGGAUAUGGGAUUGAAAAGGUUUUCUAUUUGUUUCCUGAGGUUUUAGGAUUUGAUGUUGAAAAUAGGUUGAAGCCAUUGCUUUACGAAUUUUUGGAAUUGGGUUUUAGUGAAAAUGAGGUGAGGGAGGAGAUUGUAAGCGAGCCGAGAGUUUUGGGUAUGGAAUUAGGGGAAAUGUCAAGGUGUUUGGAAUUGUUGAGGACUUUGAAAUGUCGUGUUCCCAUUAAGGACAGUAUUUUUAGUGAAGGAGAAUUUAGGGCUGGGUUUAAAGUUAAGCUUAGAGUUGAUUGCUUGUGCAAACACGGGUUGAUUCGUAGAGAAGCAUUUAAGGUCCUGUGGAAAGAGCCAAGAUUGAUUUUAUAUGAGAUAGAGGAGAUUGAGAAGAAAAUUGAGUUCUUGGUGAACAGAAUGAAGUAUGGUGUUGGUUGCUUGGUUGAGGUUCCAGAGUAUUUGGGUGCGAAUUUUGAGAAACAGAUUGUGCCGCGAUACAAUGUCCUAGAGUAUUUGAGAUCAAAAGGUGCACUGGGUUUUGAGGUGGGGUUGAAGAGUUUGAUAAAGCCAAGCAGGCUUAGAUUCUAUAAUUUGUAUGUCAAGCCAUAUCCAGAGUGUGAAAAGAUGUUUGGGAGGUUUGCAAAAGGGGCUGGCAUUCAAAGGCGGCAUCCAGUUGGGAUGUGGAAGCUUUUUAAACCACAAGAGUAUACAGAAUCAAAAGAAGAUGUGAACAACAUGAAGUCUUUUAUGGAACCACUAGUUUAAGUGAAAAAGCCAAUGAUCAAUA